AUGGCUGGUGGGGACAACGCCAGCGAGGGCGGAAACAACGGCCAACCGGGCGACCCACCGCCGCCGCCUCUGCAACAAGUGGCCCAGAGCAUGGCCGUCGUGGAAACGGUGCAUAACUGCAAGAUACCGCCGUUCUGGAAGUCGUCACCAGAGGCGUGGUUUUACCAGGUGGAAUCCGCGUUCAGCUGCAAUCAAGUUCGUGCCGACGGCACGCGCUACAACCUCGUCGUGGCCGCCCUGGACAGCGAGGUCGUCGAGCAGCUACUCGACGUUUUGCGCGCCGCGCCGGACACGGGCAAGUACGCAUACCUAAAAACGCAUAUACUGUCACGUUUUUCCGACACACAGGAAAAGCGCCUGCGCACCCUCUUCAACAAGCUGGACGUGGGUAAUCGUACUCCCUCACAGCUGUUGCGUCAUAUGCGCGCCCUUGCUGGAAACAACGUGGGCGACGAGGUGCUCAAGGUCAGGUGGCUGGACUACCUUCCGGUCUCCACACAGAAAAUCCUGCGAGUGCUUAAGGACGCCUCGCUCGACGACCUGGCAGAAGCAGCGGAUCAGAUGGCAGACGUGCUGCCCCAGGUGUCGGCCCUCGGGCCUGGCAGAGGCUCGCGCGGCGCUUCGCCCCACCGUGGCGCAUCGUCACAUCGUGGUGCGUCGCCUCAUCGAGAAGCAGCUGCCUCCGCACUGGCAACCGAGAUAGCGGGCAUGCGCGCCUGCAUGUCCCAGCUACUGGCAACGAUGCAGCAGCUGCUGGACGCGAUGAAGACUCAUGACAACGACCAGCCACGGUCAGGACGGCGUCGCAGCAGAGGCCACAGCAACACUCGUUCGAAGUCACCGACGCCUGGAUCAAGCGAGUACUGUUAUUAUUAUUACCGCUUUGGCAUGGAUGCUCAGAAGUGUCAGCAGCCCUGCACCUGGAAGGGGCCUGCGGGAAACUAG